AUGGUGCUCGCGGACCCGACAGAGAUCAUCGACACCCACUUCUCCCCCGAAAAGCCCGACGCCACCGGCCACUUCGGCCGCUUCGGUGGCCAAUUUGUGCCGGAGACGCUGAUGCAAAACCUCGAGGAGCUCUACGCGGGCUACAUGUCCAUCAAGGACGACCCCUCCUUCCAGGCCGAGCUAGCGGGGCUUCUCAAGGACUACGUAGGUCGCGCCACGCCGCUGUACUUUGCGGAGCGCCUCACGGAGCGCUACGCCCGCGAAGACGGCACCGGCCCGCAGAUCUACCUUAAGCGCGAGGACCUGACGCACACGGGCGCGCACAAGAUCAACAACUCGCUCGCGCAGGUCCUGCUCGCGCGCCGCCUGGGCAAGACGAGGAUCAUCGCCGAGACGGGCGCCGGCCAGCACGGCGUGGCCACGGCGACCGUGUGCGCGCGCUUCGGCCUGCAGUGCGUUGUCUUCAUGGGCGUCAAGGAUAUGGAGCGCCAGAAGCUCAACGUCUUCAGGAUGAGGCUGCUGGGCGCCGAGGUCAAGCCGGUGAGCGACGGGAAGGGCACGCUCACGGAGGCGCUGUCGGCGGCGAUUAGGGACUGGGUUACGUACCCGGUCGAGACGCAUUACAUUGUGGGCAGCGUGGCCGGCCCGCAUCCGUACCCGAUGAUGGUGCGCGACUUUCAUAGCUGCAUCGGGAAGGAGGUGAGGUGGCAGGCGAUGGAGAAGUGGGGCGGGAAGCCGGAUGUGUUGCUGGCUUGUGUAGGGGGCGGAUCGAAUGCGAUGGGCCUGUUCGAUGACUGGAAGGCCGACAUGGGCGUGAGGUUAAUCGGCGUCGAGGCGGCUGGUAAGGGCGUGGAUACGCAAGAACACGCCGCGACGCUGACAAAGGGGAAGCUCGGCGUGCUGCAUGGCGCGAUGAGCUAUCAGCUGCAGACGCUGGAUGCCAUAUGAUCCCAUCCGUUGCUCUUCGGCGACCUGUAAGGCCGUCUUGAAUCCAUAUUGUCAAGUGGACUUUCAAAGCAAGUGGGAGGGCCGAGUAUGUCUCGGUGACGGAUGAUGAGGCGCUGGAUGGGUUUAAGUUGCUGACGAGAGAGGAAGGGAUCAUCCCGGCGCUGGAGACUGCGCAUGCGAUCGCGUAUUUGGAGAAGCUGUGCCCCGAGUUGGAAGGGUCGCCAAAAGUGGUGCUCAACUGCUCCGGAAGGGGAGAUAAGGACGUCACGGCGGUGUCGAAGUAUCUUCAGGAUCGUGGGGAUACGGAUAUCGCGUGGGAAUAGAGGCAGAGGGGCGAGAGUGGUAGAAGGGUUUUUUGGUGUGGGGAAUGUCACACAUGAGUGGACGUGGAAUAGGAGGAAGUAUAGAUGGUUUUAAUCGAUAAGAAUGCAUCAAAUAAAACGGUUAGUGUUUCCCU